AUGUUAAGAAACGUCACACGUCAGCGUACACUGCUGUUGCAAUUCGUGAUCGUCAGUGCCAUUCAGUGGCUAUCAAUUGAUUGCUAUGAACGUAUUGAAAUCUCGGAUAUUGGUCUUGACGUGUUGCCUCGCACCACACCGCCCGAGGUGAACGGAGUGAAGAAUUUGCAACGUUCGCGAACGUUAAUCGGCCGAAGUAUUGUCAAGCAGAAGCUGGAUCAUUUCAGCGACAACGGAACCAACCACUGGAAUCAGGUGAAUAUCAUGUUGUCCGCAUAG